GUGUGUUUAGGAGGCGUGGCUGAAAAUGGCCUCCAAAGAAAAUGACAAGGACAAUCCUUUUUCUUUUAAAUCUUUUGUGACUAAGAGACAGGGCGGGGGCUCCGAGCCACAGAAAAAGGAGAGCUCUAAAAGAAAGAAGAAAACAGGAGAAGCAGCGACUUCAGCUCCUCCCACUGUCGUUGACUCCCUUCCUCCCCCUGGCUCUGUUGCAUCCGACGUUAAUCCAUUCUCUUUCAAAAACUUUGUCAAAAAGGCUAAAGACUCCGGUGACGAUGACAGCUUAUUUUCAAGUGAAGACGAGAAUCCACUCUCGGAACCCACGAAACUGGGUCUGCCAUUAUUGGCACCGAAUCCAGUCCCAGUGGCUGUAGGAAUAAAGACUAAAGCAGCAUCAUCAAGCAGACUAAAGACAGAACCAGUAAAAGACCUCUUCUCUUCUAGCAGUGAAGAUGAAAUUGAGUUGUUAGGAUCAUCAACAUUACCUCCAUUACCAUUAUCAGAUCCACUGGGAGGGAGUGAGAGAGAGGAGGAGGAAGAGGAGGGAGGGAUUUUAGACAUUAAUCCAUUUCCUGAGGUUGCAAUGUUGGCACCUGAUGAAACCCAACAUCAACUAGUGAACGAAUUGAAUAAAGUUAAAGCUGAGAAUGAAGUUUUAAAAAAGCAAGUAACUGAAUUAGAAAAAAAUUAUAAAAAAGAAAAAGGAAGAUCACAAUCACUUAAAGAUGAAGUAAAACUAUUGAAAGAGAAAGAGGCAAAAGACACGAAAGCACUCGAUGACAUGAUACAGAAAGUUGAAGAAAAUCUCAAGAUUGCAACACAACGAUCAAUUACUGCAGAUGAAACUAUCAAAAAACUGAAAGGGCAAAUAGCAUCUUUACAAACUCAAUUGGGACAAGCGAAUCCCCAGGCAAUACAUAAAAGCUAUGAGGAUCUUAUCAUUGGUGUGAGAGAGAAAGCCAACAAUGCCUCACAGCAGCUAAAGGCAGCUUCUUAUAAAGCUGACUUACAAAUAAAGGAAUUAUGCCAUGGGAUUGAAGUACUGAAACUUGUGUCAGACACUUUAGAAAACAUUGACAGCAUUUUUGAAGUAAAGAAAUAGUUUUGCUGUACCCAGAAAGAUUUCUCUGGUGUGUAUUAUAAUGCAUGUUGUUUUCACAGUUAUUAUUUUAAUUUUUUAUCUUUUAAAAAAAUUUCACCUGUGUUCUAAAUAUUAUAAUAAAAGUUCUACAAUUAAACCAGUCAUCCUUUCUUUUU